UGUAAAAGAAGCUGCAUGUAAACAGUGCAAACAAUUAAUUUGCGGGCUUCAAAAAAUAUUGAAAAAAAUAUUUGUUGCUUAAACUGUACAACUAUUUUGAUUGAACAUUACCUUCAUUAAAUAAUAAACUACCACACCAACAACAAGAUGCCUCGAACGUGCUCAGUGCUUGGUUGUCAAACGCACAAAAAGUAUUUCGAGCGGGGAGUCCGGUCAUUUGACUUUCCUAGGAAAGAUCCGGAAUUGAUGGCCGCAUGGAUACGUGCUUGUGGGCGAGAGCAGAACUUCGUUCCAGCGAAGACUGCUUCCGUGUGUGAGAGGCAUUUUACAGAAGAGGAGAAAAAUCCAAAUCCUCGAAUACGCGAAGCAGUACCCUCUCUUAACCUUUAUUGGAAACUACCGAAAGAACCGACAAUGGAUGUCUCACAGACAGGAAGCGUCAUUACAUCUAGAAGGAAAAGAUCAGCGAUCGAGAAAAAGACUAAACCUGUUAAAACUUUUGAUCGCAUAGUAGAAAGUGUACUAGUGCAGGAAGCAAACAGCACAAUGCAGUUUGAAACUGAAGUCCUCUUUUAUAAUUUGAAUCAAUUUUGCCGGACGUGUGGCAUCAAAUGUGAAGAAGGUCAACAUUUUGAAAUGGGCAAUCUUGGAAGUGACGACAAUGUUGAAACACUUAAAACUCUCUGCAUUACGCAGGACCCAUUACUGGAUCCAAUAUCAUUCAUUUGUGAAAAAUGUUACCAGGAAUUCACAUCUUUUUUGCAGUUUGUCGUCAUUUGUAAGAACGGACAGCAAAGCUUAAUUUCAAGACUACAAGCUAAUCAAUUGUCUGUCAAGGAAGAAUGCUUGCCCACGGUUGGAGAUGCAAGCGCUUUGGAGAGCGAUAUAGAGCCUGAUCAAUCGGACAAUGAUUUACCACUUUCUAGAUCCAACAGUCCUAUAGAUGACAUCGUAGAUGCUGAAAAAAUGGAUCAAUACGUAGACAAAUUGAUGGAAGAGAUCAAAAUGUCUAAAAAACAUAUGUUCAAUAGACCGCACGAUUGUAUUGACUGUGGUGAAAUCAUGAAAGGAAAAAUGCAGUUCAAAAGGCAUAGACUUACAUGUCCGCUUAUAGGAAGUGAGAACUCUCUCAGACAUACUCCUUACACGUGUUCACUUUGCAAUAAAACUGUUCGUUCUAUCGUUGGCUAUCGUUGCCAUCUUUGGAAGAUGCAUAAAAAUCUCGUUCUCCGCCCGAAGCAGAUCGACAAACCUUUGCCUGAGGAACUGAUCAAGAUGGGUGAACGGCGACAGAUAGUGUGCCCUCUAUGCCAAAAGCGCUUUGUGCUCUACUGCCAAUUAAUGUACCACCUACCGAGUCACAAAAGCACUAAUCAACAUAAAGGUAUCAAUCAAUACACAAUUCUUGAUUCAAGGGACGGUCUCGAAGAAAGAAAACAAGAACCUGAACCAAAACCUUUGUGUAGUAUUUGUGGUAAAAAGAUAUCACCUGCAGCGUUGCCGCUGCAUAUGAAAUUCCAUCUCAAACAGAAAGAUUUUAAGUGUAAAGAAUGUGGGAAGUUAUUCUACAGUAAUAAUCAAUUACAAAUUCACGUAGACCAGAAGCAUAAGAAAAUUCGUUAUUCCUGUGAUGUUUGUGGUGCUAGUUUGGCAACCAAAGCGACUCUGUACAGACAUAAAUUACUGCAUAAUGAGGCAGCCCUUAUAUACUGUGAGAUUUGUCCGGAACGAUCGAAACGAUUUACUAACAGGGAUGCCCUCAGGCGACAUAUGAACAAACAGCACAACUGUGUCAACGGAGCCGAAGGCGUAACGCAGUUGGCUGAGAUGUUGGCACCAGAAACGGCCCUGUGAUGUUCGAUUCCUGCAUGUUAGAAUGAGCAUUCUGCAGUGUCUGGCAUUAAAGCGCUAAUCGCACAUAAGUCUGCUCGUUUUUUAUAAGCAAACAUUUAUAACGGAGGCAAUCAAACAAAAGUGCUGAUAUAUGGUAUUUUCCACCAGGCCAGGCGGGGCGUGGAGCUAAUUAACGAUUAGCGUUUUUAUGUAAAACACUGGUACUCCGCUGUUAUGUUUGAAUAUAAAAUGGCCUUUUAAUCUA